CUGGAGGACCUCUGGAGGAACUCUUUGGAGGACCUCAGGGGAGCCCCUCUGGAGGACCUCUUUGGAGGACAUCCCCGGCCGGGGGCCGUUCUGAGUCUGGGACUGGCUCUCUCUGUGUGCAGCUACUUCAUGGUGAACUCGGAGGGGAAGAUCAUGAACCAGCAGAGAGGCGUGUUCCGCAGUAACUGCAUGGACUGCCUGGACCGGACCAACGUCAUCCAGAGCCUGCUGGCCAGGCGCUCCCUGCAGUCCCAGCUCCAGGUGCGCGCCGGUCCCCGAGCAAGGAUGGGCGUCCUGAACGUGGGCCAGCGCGUGGAGGAGCAGGCGGAGUUUGAGAGGAUCUACAAAAACGCAUGGGCUGACAAUGCCAAUGCAUGCGCUGUUCAGUAUGCUGGAACUGGAGCCUUAAAAACAGACUUCACCAGGACAGGGAAAAGGACCAGAUGGGGCCUGGUGAUGGACGGCUGGAACUCCAUGAUCCGCUACUACAAGAACAACUUCUCCGACGGCUUCAGACAGGACUCCAUCGACCUGUUUCUGGGCAACUUUGCUGUUGACGAGUCGGACGGACCCACUCCCCUCCGGGUGCAGAAGGACUGGAAGUUCCUCACGCUGCCCAUCGUCAUGCUGGUCGCGUUCUCCAUGUGCAUCGUCUGCCUCCUGAUGGCAGGUGACACGUGGACAGAGACCCUGGCCUACGUGAUCUUCUGGGGGGCUGCCAGUGCCAUCACAGCCACCAUCAUCCUGUUCAACGGCCAGGACUUCGUGGACGCCCCAAAGCUGGUUCACAAGGAGAAGAUGGACUGA